GGAGGAGGAGGGAGGGCUGGAUGUGAAAACACACAUCAAAUACUCUCAGACAAAACACGCACGCACUCAACGAGGGCUGAGACAAGGAGGGUGGAGAGAGGAGGAAGAGUUAGAGGGAGGAGAGGUGGAGAAACAAACAGAAAUAGAGAAAGGGAGAGCUAUGAGUGUCCUUGUGUAGCUCUGGGCUGGAAACCGCGCACUCCCACCUGAGAAGCCUCAUCAUCCGUUCAGCAGGAUGUCUCAGAGGAAGAGGAGUUUCACGUUUGGAGCUUAUGGAGGCGCUGAUAAGACCUUCUCCAGGACCAGAAGCCUCUGGAAACAGGAUGGAAGGAUUCCUCGAAUCUCUGACGAAGUAGAGCCCUCACUAGUGUACUCCCACCCUUCGUUUCCUCUUCCCACAUUUUCAAAGGGUUUCAGAAUGGAUGAGCAACGAUGCCCCCUGCCUCCCCCCCUGAAAACAGAGGAAGACUACAUCCCUUACCCCAGUGUUCACGAGGUGCUGGGCCGCAGCAGUCCAUUCCCGCUCAUCCUGCUGCCGCAGUUUGGAGGCUACUGGAUCGAAGGCACUAAUCAUGAACCUAAAGACCCUCCGGAGGCCGAUCAGCCUCCUUGUCCUACCUCCCAUGUCAAACUGGAGACGAACAGCACUGCCAAGAUUUACAGGAAGAAUUUCAUGGGGAAGGAACACUUUAAUUACUACACCAUGGAUGCCGCCCUGGGCCACUUGGUCUUUUCUAUGAAGUAUGAUGUCAUUGGGGAUCAGGAGCAUCUGCGCUUGAUGCUUCGAACAAAGAUAAAAACCUAUCACGAUGUAAUUCCUAUUUCCUGCCUUACCGAGUUCCCCAACGUCGUCCAGAUGGCCAAGCUCGUUUGUGAAGAAGUAAACGUGGACAGAUUUUAUCCUGUCCUCUACCCCAAAGCAUCACGGCUCAUUGUCACUUUCGAUGAACACGUGAUCAGCAACAACUUCAAGUUUGGAGUUAUUUACCAGAGGUUCGCCCAGACAUCGGAGGAGGAGCUGUUUGGGAACAUGGAGGAGAGCCCAGCCUUUGUUGAAUUCCUGGAAUUUCUGGGUCGGAAGAUCGAGCUCCAUGACUUUAAAGGUUUUAGGGGUGGGCUUGAUGUCACUCAUGGACAAACUGGGACAGAAUCCAUCUACACAAGUUUCCACAAUAAGGAGAUUAUGUUUCACGUGUCCACCAAACUGCCUUACACAGAAGGAGACUCACAGCAGCUGCAGAGGAAGAGGCACAUAGGUAACGACAUAGUAGCCAUCGUGUUCCAGGAGGAAAACACACCCUUUGUACCAGACAUGAUCCAGUCCAACUUCCUGCAUGCCUAUGUGGUGGUGCAGGUGGAGAAUGCAUGCACAGACAACGUCAUCUACAAGGUGUCUGUGACAGCAAGGGAUGACGUGCCUUUCUUUGGACCUGCUCUACCUGACCCUGCAAUCUUCAGGAAGGGCCCCGAGUUUCAUGAGUUCCUCUUCACUAAGCUCAUCAAUGCAGAAUAUGCAUGCUACAAAGCUGAAAAGUUUGCCAAGCUGGAGGAGCGAACACGGUCAGCUCUUUUGGAAACGCUGUACGAGGAGCUGCACAUCAACAGUCAGUCCAUGAUGGGCCUGGGUGGAGACGAAGAUAAGCUGGAGAACGGGGGCGCAGGAGGUGGAGGAGGAGGAGGCUUCUUUGAGUCCUUUAAGCGGGUCAUCCGCAGCAGAAGCCAGUCUAUGGACGCCAUGGGCCUCAGUAACAAGAAGUCACACACAGUCUCUACUAGUCACAGUGGCAGCUUUACCCACAAUCCCGCAGAGAGCCCCAAAACCCCGGGGAUUUCAUUGCUUGUCCCAGGGAAAAGUCCCAGUAAAUAUGGACGCCGAGGCAGUGCCAUAGGGAUAGGAACAAUAGAAGAGUCGCUGAUCAUUCCGGGGAAAAGCCCCACCAGGAAAAAGUCAGGACCCUUCAGCUCCCGCCGCAGUAGCGCCAUUGGCAUCGAGAACAUCCAGGAGGUCCAAGAGAGGAGCCGAGAGGUGUCACCCAGCACCCAGAGGACACCAGACAGCAGCCUCUUGUCACAAGAGAACAAGUCAGACAACUCCUCCAAUCACAGUUCUCCUGAAUUCGCUGCCACAAAGAACAGUUUGUCCAUGUGUUGCAGGGCACCGUCCAUCCCCGAGGCCCAGGACUUGUCCCGGUCCUCCUCCAACGCCAGCAGCUUCGCCAGCGUCGUGGAAGAAAACGAAGGCGAAGAGGAGUACGAAACUGGAAUGGAAAGUUUAUCUUGUGUUACGCCAGUCAAAAAAGACUCAUUUGUGUACAGCUGUGGGGUGGAGGACAGUGCGUGCAGUACCAGCCAGGGAAGUUUUCCAGCAGCUUCUCGUCUUCAGCACCAACCAGACGGAGUGAAGACAUCAGAGCCAAAAGGGACAGACAACCGGCCCAAGACGGAGCGUCCCCAGCAGGAGCACAAGUUCUCAUCGAACUGUUAGCUACUUUCCUCCGGUCAUCACAUCGCCCAUUUUCAGCAUUUCCACAAGAGGCAUAUUUUGCCAGAAAACUUGCCAAGGACACGUGAACUCCACCAGUGAUGUAGAAAAGGCGCACAGUCUAAAGAGCGGUCCGGAGGCUGACUGAUCUUCCUUUGCAAGUUUCGGCUUGCCUGUCAUGACAGCCGCUCAGCGCCGUGGACAUGUACCAAUCUAUUUCCUUCAGUCAGUCUCUUUGUGGAAACCCCCCUGAGCGCUCAAGGUGACGGAACAAGAGACUCCCACCGCCGUGCGGCAUCUCAGCUGAGAGCCAUCCGGUCCAGCUGGCUCAGCCCAGUCACUCCAGUCAGUACGCUCCGUAACCUGAUUCCUACUAUCAACAAAAGCAGCCUGUCCUUCUUCAGAGAUGAGGGUUUUUCAUCUUGUGGCUGAAAGAAAGCAAAGAUGAAGCAAACAGCGUGUGCUUAUAAAGAGCGGCACUCCAGAGAACUUUUUUUUUUUUUUUCCCCUUUUUCUUCUUUUUAAUGUCAAACCCACUUCCCACUGUGAUGUUGUACAUGAGUUUAACUUGGGUGUACCCAGUGUAUGUGUGGCUGUCUUUCUGGCCACGUUUUGUGUUUUAUUGAUGAUGUAAGUCUUCUUUUCUGAGUAUUCUGCGGUAGAUAUUUGUUGUGUUUUACAACAACAGAGGCAAACCUGUCACGUUUCAAUCACAGGUACUUUUUAUGAUGCUGUUGUUGGUGGCCAUUGAAAAAUCAGUUGUGCUUGUCAAGUUGUAAAGGUAAACAUUUCUUGCUCAGAAAUGAUGCCACAGUCAGCCGACAGUACAGCAGAAAGAGCUAUUUUAGCAGAAAUGUAGACAGUUUUAGUCCAACGCAGAGGUACUAGAGUGCUCCAACCAGCAACAUGCAUCACCAAUCCAUAUUUAAAGGUACUGCUGUUUCAAACGUCGUCUCCAAAUGCUCCUUGUCACACCCCACGUGUUGAUGUCUGUAUACGGGUGUGUCUACAAUGGUACUGUGCAUGGUGUAAAUCUGCUUGCCAAAAUCCUCUCUACUGUACACUGAUGCCAUGCUUGACAUAGAGGUGUUGUCCCUGUGAUUUGUGUUUUACUGAAAACCAGCCGACAUCACCAGAUGCAGUGCACAUUGCUGAUAGAGAGCCAAAUGUCAACGUUUUCCUACUUUAUUUGUAAAGUGUAAUAUAUGUACGUGACUUAAGCACUACGUUUUAGAGUUACUCCU